GGUUCAAGUCGAGCCUCUCUCAACGGCUGAACCAAGACAUCUCAUUGGGCACUCGCCUCGCCUCCCCAUCGUUCCACAUCUCUCCUCUUCAUCACUUUCAACUCCUUCUCUCUCACUUACCUUCGCCCCCUCUCGCCCCCUCUCAACUCUUUCUCUUUUCUCUCACUCUGGCUCCUUCAGUCUCUAGAGAAUGUGUCGAGCUCGUGUGCCCGACACGUAGGUGUAUAUAAAAAGAGCCGCGCGUUCGCACCGAAUCGCCACUGUGCAAGACGACACAGAUACGUUGAGAUCUCAAUUUCGUAAUAAUUUUCGUAAAUUUCAGUUCGAUCGAAUCGAGUGUUGUGUCGGAGAAAAAUCAACGUUUUUUCCAAUUCGAUAAUCGCUUUCGAAGAGUAUUAACGUUAAAACGACGAGUGUUUUUACCCGGAAGAGAGCAUCGACGCGAUUACAAGUACGAGCACCCGUCACCGCGAGGGAUCGAAGCAUCCUGAAGAUUCGAACGCUUGGAUUCGCCUACCAAUUUCGCGAGUCCCAAAUUCCCCUGAAAUAUUGUCACGGGGAUUUCAACAAUUCGAGAAACCCGAGAAAAUGUGUGUUCGAACCGGAACGGACGAUACUAUUGGGGGACGUCGUACGAUCGAGGAAAACGUGCCGAUCGAUCGCACCCAGUUUCCGAACAAACUGACCAGAGCCAAGGAAAAGUACAUGAAAAUACACGACGAGAUCGUCGAGCGAGAACUCGCCGCAGGAAAACAGAUCGUCGAUGAUAACGACGAGGAUAUCGCUCAUGCCAACUUAGCUGACAAUCUACUUGCCAAAUGCACCAUCAAGUAUGGCAACUUGAUGAACCGUCUCGUACGACAUUACGAAAACUUUCGGCAGUCCGACGCCUGCAAAAUUCUCUUCUCGACGACGCAGCCGGCUCACGUGAUCACAAUCGUUGCUGUUCUCUGUGUGACUUCUGCUCUCGUACCUAAUACCGAGAGGAAUCAGAUCGCCGGACAUCCGCACUCACACGCAGCCGCAUUCAUUUAUCUCGCUUCGUUUGUCAUGCAUUUUGGCGCCCAGAUCUGGAUGACCUUCGUUUCCGGUCUCUCCCUGUACUUUGCGCUACCGAGACACACCUUCGGCGAAGUUCAACGCGUGCUUUUCCCUCGCUAUUUCACAAUCAACGCUUGCUUGAGCCUCACCACUUUACUCAUCUUCGUCAAGCAUCAUCCGGCUCAAACUUGGGACAGAGAGAUCACGAUUCAGGUUCUGGGAAUGUCUAGUGCAUUUUUCGUGGAGCUUUUGAUUCGUCUUUAUCUGACGCCACCUCUGCUGUCUCUGAUGAUCCAGAAGACGAUGAUAGAGCGCGCUGCUGGUGUUGGGAACGAAGUGGGCCGUCAAAAUCCCGGAUCGCUCAAGCAUUGUCCUCAUUAUUUAAAAAUCCAUGAAGCUUUUCGUCGUAUGCACGUUGGAAUAGCGAUGGGUAACAUGUUCACGAUGGCGUGCACGGUUCUCCACCUUCAUUACAUAGCGAGCAAAUUGUGUGUAUUAUAAGAGAAAAUGGAAUUAGAGGUUGAAAAAAGUCUUUCGAGUCGAAAACACGCCUCGUCGCAGCUUGUUAGAAAUAAUUUUUUUUAAUUUAAUGACAUCGUCUGGUAAAAAACUAUCGAAAUAAUUAUCCAGACUCCGUUGCAGGGAAGCCUUGAACGAAAACAGGAUUGCCAGAGUCGAGAAAGAAAAAAAAAAGAAAGAAAAAAAGUGAGAAGACAGUAAUAAUGCAGUCCCUUAUAAAAUUGAGAAUGAGCAGAAAACAAAAAGCUUCUUCGCUCUCCUGAGAAUUUAAAGAAGGGGAAAAUAAAUAAUCUCAAUUCUUAGUCAUGAACCAGAAUCUCUCUGCUCAUUCGAGGAACUCGGACCACUCGUAACUGAUUAUAUUUAUGUGAAAUUAUGAGCCGGAUUUAUUCAGCUUCGCUCGACUCUUCAUUAACGAGAUCGCAGAAUUGAUAGAAAUCGCGUAAUUAGCCAUUCCGCUAUCACGAUCUUUCAAUUUUACAACACGAAUCGAAUCUAGCGAUAUAUUUCAGGAAAAAGAAAUUGAUAAAUAUUCAAGUGGCACUGCGAUACGAACUUCCAAUGAGUUUAGAUUUAACAAAUUCCUAAGGCUUGCUCUGUAUCAGAGUUGCAUCAGUAUUUAUUCUGAUUUCACUUACGAUGGAGCACAAGAUAUUGCGCUCAGUAUACAAUCGCUGUCAUUUUUAGGCCAACAAAUGGCAAAAGAUGUAUGAAAAAAAUUUAUAAUGAAAUUCGAUAAUUUCUGACUGUUUUUUCGGUAGAAAAAACUGCGUUCAUGAUAUUUUUAUCUUGCCAAUUUAGGUCUUGCCAACUUAAAGAAAUCUAAUGUUCUAGAAAAUUAGCCUCGUGAUGAUAUACCUCGGUGUGUUCGAUCGAAAAACCGUUUUCGACUGAACGAACAUUCAAUCUGGAACUAAUAAUCCAUACUUCCGAUCACACGAAUAUAUGAUACAUCGAUUACCAAUAACAUUGUGAUAAAAUGAUUUUUUAUUCGAGCUACACCGUUCCGUGAGACAACACGAAAGUGAGCAAGUUUCGAUGAGGCAUAUUGAAACAAUUAAUGUAAAAUAUCCGGACUAUGUCCUAAAAUAUAAAAAAAUGAUCGGGAAAGACGAAGAUGCGAUGAAAUUUUGUUGUAUAAUAACAAAUUGACUGACGUUUUAUUUAUAUGCAUACCGCGAGUCGUAUCACGAUUGUAAAUAAUACAUUACGUCGUCUCAUUCAGUGUAUCGGCGUAAGGAUUGAUCGUUGAAAAUAUAAAUAUUACUUAGGUUUCCAUUA